UCGUCUACUCGGCCUACGCUUUUCGUCUAUCGAUUAACUAGCCUGAGAGUCGAGCCGGAAGUGAAAAGAAGUUUAACGCGUCCAAGAUGGUGGCCACCAGGAGAGGAGCGUGCGUAAACUCUUCAAAUACAACAAAUCAGGAAGAGCCACUUGCAGCCCAGGCCACCCCAUCCACAGGUAGAAGAACCAGGAGCACAGCUAAACAGGUAGAGUGCCCAUCCCAGCAGACGCUGGGAGAGUCCUGCAGAGAGCAUGAGCAGAAGGAAGGACUCCUGGAAGCUCCUGUCUCCUCAAAGAAAAGGUGCACCAGAGCCUCCAGACUCCACAGUCCAGAGCAGCCCUCCACCCCAGUGGGCUCUGUUCACGAGGCUGACCUGUCUGACGUGGAGUCCGUCUAUUCCUUAGUGUUUAACUCUGAGCUUCCUGUAACACGGACCAGAGGGAGAAGAUUGACCCAAGAGAGACAUCAGGAAAAUGAGGAGAUAUCUGAAGUGGAGUCAUGCUCCUCUGUUGUGUCAGCAUCUAAAUCUGCACAGAGAGCCACUCGGAGCACAAGAAGAAAAACGGCUUCUCAAAGUUCUGAUGUCAAAACUGACAUGGUGCCCGAGACGGCAUCCUGCAGCUCUGCAGCAUCCACAUCCCAGAGAGUUACUAGAAGUCAGGGGAAAACUGCUCUCACCAGAUCUGUCAAGCAACAAAACGUGGAAUCUGAGCUCUCAGAAGAUGAGAGCUGCAACUCCAGCAUCUCAAGGCGGGUGUCAACGAGGCAAAUACGUGCUGCUCCCAUUCACUUAGACGAGCUGUCAGAGAGUCCGCAUUCUCCUCAAAUACAUCGACGAACCAGAGCAGCCAGGGCACAGGCAGCAGCACCUGCAGAUGUUUCCAAAGCCCUGUCUUGUGACUCUGAAGGAUUUGAGUCUGGACCUUGUUACAGUCUAAGCCCUUUUAAAAAGAUCAGAAGCCGGUCCUCAGGUGGCAAACUCGUGGAUUCAGAUUCAGAGGUGAGCAGCCCAUGCUCCACCCGAAGCAGAGGGACACCUUGCAGCAGCCGUGCAGGUUCAGGGACCAGCAGCCGCGGGGCUCCAGCGUCAAGACGAUCUGCAAAGAGAUCUGUCGUUGUUGUAGAAGAAUCAGCUAUGGACAGUUCACUAAAUACUUCCAUGUUAGAAAGCACAAUGGUUGGAGAUGAUGCCGAGUGCACUCUGUUGGAAGAAGAUCAGAUCGAACCACCUUCCAGUGAAGUAGAUAUAAAUAAUGUAAACGAGGAGGUCACCAGCAUCCCUGAAGAUAGUUACCAUGCGGGAAUUUCUGCAUCCAUUUUUGUGAGUGAGCCUGCAGCGAUCAUCAAAGACCAGAAGGAGGAGCCGUCUGCUGAAGAUGAAAACAGAGAUGCCUCAGAGAAGGAAAUGAUGCAGGAAGCAGUUCCUCCAUCAGAGCAUCCACAGCCCAGCCAGGCUGCCACGGCAACGAUAUGUGAAAGGGCCUCUGAGAUGACAGAGGAGGUUGGAGAGAAGCUGGAAGCUGCUGCUGGAACGGGCCUCGAUGUGGAGCAGGAAGCUGUCGGCACGUUGACGACCGAUGCUCAGCAGGUGGCUGACAUCUGUGAAGUUCAGGCUGAGGGCCAAACAUCCAACCAGCAGCACACGAUCUCAGAAGACUCUGAGCAGCAGGCCCAAGAUGCUCACAGAACAAAACCCAUCAGCCUGUUGGACAGCAGCGACGACGACGAUGAUGAUGAUGAGUUUGAUGAAGAAAGGGAGAGUGAAAUGUCUGAAGAGGAAGAGGAGAAGAAAACACUUCCCCAUAAGUUAGAAGCAGCAUCUUCAUCAGUUGAUGGUUUGUUUAUGAUCGACACUCGUCCCGGACAGGACGCUGACGAACAAUACUACAGGGGCGAGGAAGAGGAGGCCUCCAAUAAAAGGACUGAACAGGAGGAGGAAGAGGAGGAGUUUGUGGAUGAAGAGGGAGAUGAUGAUGAUGACGAGGACACAAAUAUCCUCUUAUCAUGUAGAAGUUCUCACAUGAAAGAGUUGUCCAGCCGUAUUGACCCCGGCAUCAGAGUGAAGGAGCUCGGGGGCUUGUACAUCAGUUUUGAUGGCAGCAAAUCAAAACCCGUCUCCAGUUCACUGCAAAAGCUAAAGGAGAAGAAGAACCACGAUGAGUUUUAUCUACAGGUGAUGAAGAAAAGUGUAAUCGGACCAGACUUUGAAAAGAAGGAUGCAGUGCCUCCAUAUAGGGAAUCGAAAAAUGCCUUGAAGCUCAAACACAGAGCAGAGAGGGAGAAAUCCACAGGAGACGGUUGGUUUAAUAUGAAAGCCCCAGAGCUUACGCAGGAGCUGAAGGGAGACCUCCAAGUCCUGAAGAUGAGAGGAUCUCUGGAUCGCAAGAGGUUCUACAAGAAGAACGACAGAGAUGGCUUCCCCAAAUAUUUCCAGAUUGGCACAGUGGUGGACAACCCAGCCGACUUUUAUCAUUCCCGUAUUCCUAAGAAGGAGAGGAAGAGAACCAUGGUGGAGGAGCUGCUGGCUGAUGCAGAGUUCAGACACAAAAACAAAAAGAAGUAUCAGCAGAUAAUGGCAGAACGAGCAGCACACGGAGCUGGCAAGAGGAACAAGAAGAAGAAUAAAUUCCAUAAGAAGUGAAGCUGAACACCUAAAUACUGACAUGUAAUCCCAAUCAUUUAAAACUCUACAGACUACACCGGCAUAAACUGUUUACGGCUGCAACAAGAAGAAAUGCUCUGAAAUCAUUCGAUAAAAUAUGUUUGUUGUGACCAUUCUUGACUAAGUGGUUUAUCUGGAGGAUCAUGUUUGGAACACUGGACUUCAGUCCUGAAGCUGGAUUUUAAACCAUAAAAGUCCUGAAAUGCAGAAUAAGAAAACAUGUUUAUGAAGGUAACCUGUUCAGAUUUAGAAUAUUAAAGGUUUAUGUCCAGCUCACUAGUCUGUGACAGGUGCAGAAACAUUUUUUUGCUUUUAAAGAAAAUUGAAAUAAUUUGUCCUUUCAUGAUUAAUAGUAAUUAUCCACUGCUGUAAAACAAUGUCCUUAGUGUCAUUUUAAAAUCUUCUGAGGUGUAGUUAAUGUGACGAUAAGGCCCUGCAGGCUGAAUUACACAUCAAUACAAAUGAACAAGAGACAAAGUUCAAACGGAUGAUGUUUUGUGUUAAACCAAGAAGCUGAAGGCUUGAAUUCUUUCUCCUCUCAUUCAGGAUUACUUUUGUUCCUCCUCAAAUCUUCUCAAGUCUCCCGUAGCCCAGGGCUCCCGGCGGUGGUUCUUCGCUACCUGUGUGUAACAAGAGACGAGCCCCUAACAGCUGCAGCUUACAUCCGACACGUCUCCUGCCCACACACACAAAAUGCUGCUUCUAUAUACUCGAGCCAAUUUCAGACAGCUUUAGAGAAAUUAGACGACGGCUUAGUUUGGGGAUUUUUUUUAAAGCACGACCCAGCUGAUGGGUGGGAGGAGAGCUGUGUUGCUACACGUUUGAACAUAACCUCCACAAACUUCCUGCUGUUUCAGAGUAACGAGGACAAACAAGCAACUUGUGCUGGGAAUGUCUGGAAUUUAAAAUCACGUGAAGAUUUGUUUAAAUGUGUUUAAUCUGGUGCUAGUGUGAUUAAGUGUUUGUGAAGCAGACUGCUGUCCUAUUAA